AGAUAUGUAGUGGUAUAGAAAUAUACAUAUUCCUAUACAAAUAGUUUCCAGGUGUGACGCUCCGGUUGGGUAAAGUGGGCGGGGUAUAUAAGCGGCCGCUGUGCCCAGUCAGACAUGUGUCUUCCUCAUCAUCCACUGUGUGGCCCGCGUCUCUUGGGUUCCGGCGGAAGAAAAGGCAACAUAUCGCCAGUGUGGUGCAUGCUGUUUUGAUUCCCUGGUGGUGAAACGCUAUUGUGCUGCUCUCCUCUGCUUCCUCGUUCAGCGAGUGUGUGUGUGCGUUUUUGCCUGGAUUGACAGGUUUCCCCAUAUUCGAACCAUUGCUGCUCUUUUGGAUCCCGGAUUGUGCACGUCAUCAGUUGAACUCGGACUGUGGUGGCGCCUGCACGCCUUAAUUGAAGCGGUGUUUGGGGUGUGGCAUCGGCGCGCCGAGCUCGCCUCCUGCUGUGGCGUGACCAGAGCCACACCGGAUCUUAAUCUUCAACUUGGAUUUUCUAUUUUUUUCUUUAUUUAGUUUCCAGCCCUUUAGUUCCUUUAGAUAAUUGUUUAUUUAUUUGGGCGGAUAUUGUUUUUCUUUUGUUGUAUUAAGUAUAAGGUUGUUGUAUUUGGUUAACUGUUUUUCUGUUGUUUGCAGUUGCUGAGGCCCGGUGGCGGUGCUGGUGUGGUGACGGUGUCUCCCUCUUUUUUGUGCCGUGAUUCCUGAGUUUUGGUUGUCUCACUGCGUCUGGUGCUUUUACGGUUUUUUUGUUUGCUGUGUUUGGUGGAUGCCGUCCCUAUAGUGGCCCCUUCUGCCGGUGACCUCAGCUACUAUAGUUUUUUUUCUGUUUUUCCUUAGUUUUUUUGUUGUAAAGAACUGGUUUUAAAAAGAGUUUUAAAAGAAUUUAAUAAAUAGCUUUUUGUGUAUUUGAAAUUGCCUCAGAUGUUUUAAUUCAUGCAUAACCGAACCUGUGUGCUUUAAAGAAAAGAGGUAAUAUUCUCUGGGUGAAAUUCCCAGGGUGGCGCUGUGGAGCAACUUAAUUGGGUUUAGAAAUUUAAAUUGCCCAAUAUUCUUGAUUUUAACCUAGUCUCGCCACAUUUUUGGCGCUGCGAGCAGGAUAUGCUUUUUAUGAACAUCUGAGACAAGUAUUUGUUUGAGUUUUUAAUAUUUGUGUUGUGUGUGUGUGGAUUUUUUUCUUUUUUUGUGUAGAUUGGCCAAUCCGGCAACAGAGCAGCAGUGGUUCCGUGCAGAUCUUCAAAGUGGUGGGUGAGGUGUUAACAGUUAACCUUAGGUUGUAGUUUUGCACUGUGGUAAUCACAGGAAAUAGAAUAAGCUUGUGAUUAUGGAAGAAGAAAUUCAGGAACUUAAAAAGCUGGUAGCAAGCUUACGAGCCGACAAUGAGCAGUUGCGACAAGGACAGGCUAGCUUACGUGCUCAGCCGUCCACUUCUUCAGCUUUGCCUAAUGCCCCUCCUACGCCUAGUCUCCCUGUAGCAGAGAGACUGAUUUUUGUACCUAGAGAUAGGAAAUGUCCCAUCUUCAGAGGGAGGACAGGUAUAGGUUUGAGUGAGUGGAUGGAGGAAGCGAAGGUGUGUAUGAGAGCACGACAUCUGUCUGUGGUUGACCAAGCGUUUUUCCUAUUCGAUCACCUGGAGGGAGAGGCUAGAAAUGAAAUAAAGUAUCGCUCUAGUGCAGAGAGAGAGGACCCUGCUAGAAUAUUUGAGAUCCUACAGGAAUUGUAUGGUUGUUCAGAGUCCUAUGUUGCUCUUCAAGAGGCCUUCUUUUCUAGAAGACAACUAGAGGGAGAGAGUCUUCAGGAGUUCUCCCUUACAUUAAUGGGCCUUAUGGAGAAGGUAAAGCAGCGUGCACCUGCUGGUAUGCUGAAUUCUGAGACGUUGCUAAGAGAUCAGUUUGUCGAACAGGUGUUAGACAGUUCCCUGCGUCGUGAGCUGAAGCAGCUGGUACGCAUGAGGCCGGACAGCACUUUGCUUGAGGUUAGGGCUGCAGCAAUCCAGUGGGAACGCGAAGGGGUACCUCAUAGUGGGAGGAGUCGUAGCCAGUCGGUUCCCUCAGUUUAUGGUGUCCAGUAUGGGGUUCGUGGUGGUCCUCAGGUAGCUUCUUUAACAUCAGCAACGGAAAUGAGCCAGAUAAGAGAAAUGCUAAAGCGUCAGCAAGAGCAGCUCCAGCAGCUUAGUGCAAGCAUUUCUCAGUUGCAGAAUUUCCGCCGUCCUAACCAGCCACGCUUUACUGGCCCAGUGAUCUGUAGGCGGUGUAACCAGCCUGGUCAUUUUGCACGAGAGUGUGAUGGGGUGCGUGCCCCCCAUCGAACCCAAUGCCAGUCAGAUUCAGCUGCUCAGUCCCGUUCUGCUUCCAUGGCGGAAAACUAGUUCCCGCCGGACUGCAGAGCCACAGUUUGGGUGGGGAUGUUACUGGCUCACUAGCCACUAUUGGAAGUUUGGGUGCUUCUAAGUUGGUUUCAGUUUGCCCUCAUGCGGAUGUAGUUAUGGGUGGAGUGACAGUCACAUGUUUGGUGGAUACUGGUUCGAUGGUGUCCACGGUUUCUGAAAGUUUUUUCCGUCAGCAUAUGGAGUCUUGGGGUUCGGAGCGCCUCCAGUCGUGUCAUUGGUUGGAGCUUAGAGCUGCCAAUGGUCUGAAGAUUCCUUAUAUUGGCUAUUUGGAACUGGAUGUAUACCUCUGUGGCAAAUUGAUUCCCCACUGCGGUGUUUUGGUUGUGCAGGACCCUUGUGGAGAGGUCCCAGCCAAAGUCCCAGGUGUUUUGGGGAUGAAUGUGAUCAGGAAGUGUUAUCAAGAACUGUUUGGGCUGCAUGGUGUAGCUUGGUCUUCUGUGUCUGGUGUUGCUGAGGCCCCUCAGUCAGUCAUGCAGGCACUGCAGCAGUGCCAGUUUGCCGACUCGCGAGAGUCUCGGAGUGGUCCCGGAAGGGUUAAGGUCAGGGGUAAAAAGGGCUGUCGGAUUCCUGGUGGAGUCAUGAAAAUUGUGGCUGCCACAUGUUCUGAUGUGUAUGCAGGCUCUACUGUUUUGUUUGAACCUUUAGAGUCCGGAUUGCCUUCUGGUUUGCUUGCUUCCCCUGCCUUGGUUCAGGUAGUCAAGGGUACAGCUUAUGUGCCCAUUAUUAAUGUUGGUACGACAGAGCUGGUGGUAUACCC